CUUGCACAUCAUAACUUACACACACAUACACAAAUUUACACCACCUGUCAGGAGACACAACCCACAUAACCACCCAAAAGCUCAGUGUGUGUGGACACAAUAAGAGAGAAGUUUCCUACAACACGAGUAUCAUUGGAUCUAAGUAACUGAAUCGAGCUCACAGAGACCAGCUACAAGGUGAACCUGUUUGAAGGACACUUGAAUGUUUCCACAUUGCAUCGAUCACAGUCACUGGUUUCAGAACAGUUUCAUGAUAUCUACGGAGAGUGGUCACCACCAAUUUAAACACGUACUAAAUAAACCACAUUUCCGACCAACAUUCAAACCGCUGUGAAUCCUCCAGGUUUGUGUGCGACGGAGAAAAAUUGAGAGAGAGAGAAAAGCAGACAAAUAGAGGCAUAAAAACAGCCUCUUGUAAGCUAAGCCGAACAUGGUUUUGAAGAAGCUACUGAGUUUCGGUAAGCAGCUGCUGAGAGUGAAGGUCGUGGACUGCAAUUCGGAGGAAUCGAGACUGUCCCGAUGUCUGAACACCUUUGAUCUGGUAGCCCUAGGCGUGGGCAGCACCCUAGGGGCCGGGGUGUACGUCCUCGCCGGGGCAGUAGCCCGGGAAAACGCCGGACCGGCCAUCGUGCUGUCGUUUCUCAUCGCGGCUCUGGCUUCGGUGCUCGCUGGGCUGUGUUAUGCAGAGUUUGGGGCGAGAGUGCCCAAAACGGGCUCGGCGUACCUGUACAGCUACGUGACUGUAGGGGAAUUAUGGGCCUUUAUUACUGGCUGGAACCUGAUACUUUCAUAUGUUAUAGGUACUUCAAGCGUUGCCCGAGCUUGGAGUGCUACGUUUGAUGAACUGAUCGGAAAACACAUUGAGCAUUUCUGCCGUCAGCACAUGACCAUGAACGCUCCAGGUCUUCUGGCCGAGUACCCAGAUAUGUUUGCUGUUGUUAUCAUCCUCACUCUCACAGGCCUGCUGGCCUUCGGGGUAAAGGAGUCGGCCAUGGUGAAUAAAGUGUUCACCUGCAUCAACGUUCUGGUACUGCUUUUCAUGGUGGUAUCUGGAUUUGUCAAAGGAACACUGAAGAACUGGAAUCUGAAUCCUGAGGAGAUUCUCAAUGGCACCAAUUCCACUCUAAAUUCCACAGUGCCUUUGCCAACAAAAGAGGUUCUUGGUGAUGGUGGAUUUAUGCCUUUCGGCUUCACAGGGGUCUUGUCAGGGGCGGCUACCUGCUUUUACGCCUUUGUCGGCUUCGACUGCAUCGCCACCACAGGUGAGGAGGUUAAGAACCCCCAGCGCGCCAUUCCUAUCGGGAUCGUCUCUUCCCUUCUUAUCUGUUUUGUGGCGUAUUUUGGUGUGUCCGCCGCCCUCACCAUGAUGAUGCCGUAUUACAUGCUUGAUAAAAACAGCCCCCUGCCUGCGGCCUUCAAGUACGUCGGCUGGGAGGGAGCCACUUACGCCGUGGCGGUCGGCUCUCUAUGUGCUCUUUCCACCAGCUUGCUUGGCGCCAUGUUCCCCAUGCCCCGUGUUCUCUGGGCAAUGGCUGCCGAUGGCCUGCUCUUCAAAUACAUGGCUGGAAUCAGCGAGAGAACCAAAACACCUCUACCUGCCACUGUAACAGCAGGCUUUAUCGCAGCUAUCAUGGCUUUCCUGUUUGAUCUGAAGGACCUGGUCGAUCUGAUGUCUAUAGGAACACUUCUGGCGUACACGCUGGUUGCUGCCUGCGUUCUAGUACUCAGGUAUCAGCCUGAACAUUUCAGUCAGACGUAUCACAUAGCGAAUACACAUGAAGAAAUGGAGAUGACCGAGUCCAUAAGUACCCCAAGCUUGGGAAUUCUGCCCGGCUUAGAGGAACGUUUCAGCUUUAAAACCCUGCUGUUCCCCGACAUCACCGAACCCUCCAACCUAUCCGGUUUCGCGGUUAAUAUCUGUGCGAGUCUUCUCGGUGUGCUGAUCCUCACUUUCAGUAUGUUGGCCGUUCUGGGUGGAACAGCAGUGUGGAAUAUCAUCACUCUCAGUGUGCUGUUUGGUCUCUGUCUCAUUCUCACGUUUAUCAUCUGGAGACAACCGGAGAGUAAAACCAAGCUCUCUUUUAAGGUUCCUUUACUGCCUUUUUUACCAGUGGUCAGCAUGUUUGUAAACGUGUACCUGAUGAUGCAACUAGAUCGAGGCACCUGGAUACGAUUCGCCAUCUGGAUGUCUAUAGGUUUCGUAAUAUACUUUGGCUACGGAAUCUGGCACAGUAAUGAAGGCACACUGGCCCAUUCCAGUAUCGACGAGGAACUUAAUGUGUACAAACCCGUCUCCAGUCAAAACAGGGACUCUGUGACCCCAGAAAAGGAGGCUUUUCUUAGUAAUGGACACGAAUCCAGGAUGGAUAUGGAUGGCGAGCUCUAAGAGUGUGAAACAGUGUUACGUUAUUUACUAGAACUUUACAUUAAAGCACAAGGAGGUUCUGAUGAGAACAAACCGUUAUUAUGUAAUCAUAUGGAGCUCUAUGGCUGAUGCAUCUAUCUUAUGGAAUCUGAGGGGCUCUUUUAGGGGGCACGGUUGAAAACAUUUUCAGUAUUUCACUCGAGGAUUUUGUUUCACAUAUUUGAGGUAACCAAAACAGGCGCAGGACCUUUCAUUGGGUGGCUAUAGAUAAUGAUCAUAAAAUCAAACAGUGAUAGCCGCUUUCUACGGUAAUUGAACUUGUGCCUUUCGUCUUAAUAUUGCAACAGAAGCAAAAUCAGAGUCACUCUUCCUCUUGAUAAAAGUUUGAUCUGUCUUUAGGGGUUUUAUGUAUGUGGACCCUUAGAAAAAGGAAGAGAGGGAAAAAUGUUUUCAAAUCAUGCUUGGCUUUUCUGCUUCAUUACUGUGUUGUGUGUGUUUAAGGCCUCAUAGGAAACUUCUACUGGUUUGAACUGCCCUUAACCAGAAUAUGUAGGUUUUACCGGUUCACCCAGACUAGACUGUUAGGUAGUAGGACCACCUGGUGGUGUGGCAGGGAAAUUGCAAGUGUUCGUUGUCACAGUGCUGGCUACUGUGUUUUGUGCAGAUUUUUUGGUUGCUUAAUUUUGCAGAUGUAGACAAGCUGUGGAGAGCAGCUAACAUUGGUGUGCUUUGGAAAUGUACUUUUUUGCACCAUGUUGCAUCAUGCACAUCCCUUUUGAAAAUGGAUCAUGGUUAACCAUUUGAUUUAAAUUUUUAUUAUAAAUACUAACCAUUUACUAUAGUAAAUGUGUUUUAGUAACCAUGGUGUUUUGGCAUAUUGAUUAUCAUUUGUGAAACCAUACUGUACUCUAACAAAUGGUAUGGUUACUGUAACAAAAGCAUAGAUAAUUUGUUGUAAACAUAGUUUAACUAUAGUAACCAUGGUUUUAUUUGUAGUGAAACCAUGUUAAAAAUAUUAAGUAAUAUACAGCAUAUAUAUUUCAUGCUUUUCAUAUAUACUUCAUUUGUCUGUCUGAAUAUUUUUAGACUUCAAAAUUAACUAUAGAUGCUACGAUAGAAAAAAGUAUAUAUAUAAAAAAUAAAAAAUGUUUGCAUGCAGGUAAACUUGUCUACUCAACUAACAUUAAGUGAAGUUAUAUUUUAAAAACUAUUUGAAUGCUAAACAUAAUCAGAGCAGCAUUGGAAAUACAAAAAAAAAAAAAUUUAUUUCGUCAAAUAUGCUUGCUACUUCAAAAAGUUGUUCAGCAUAAAUCAAUGCUUUUAAUAAGGAAGUCUGGGAAGUAGAAAGGUAAGACCAUGGGUGAGUAUAACCCCGAUUUACAUAAAUCAGACAAUACAUCCUACUGUGAAAUUUGGCCGAAGUAUUAUGUUAAAAACAGUUAUGAGGUAAAAACGAACAGUACAUUUUAAAUGUGAGAUACACUAGCUGCCAAAAACUUUUCUGUAUUCCAGUUGGUUUGCGCUGGAGCAUAAUUGACAUUUGUGCUAACCAAAUAGGUAUCCCAUUUGACCUCUAAUGCACAAAAUUGCCAAAAAAAACCCAUGACAUUUACAAGUCAGACCUCAGGAUAAUAUAGUAUCAAAGGUAUGUUAUUAUAUGAUCUUCUACAACCAACAUUCUGUCUGCCGUUCUAUGUUUAUAUUCCAUGCAGUAAAUGAUUUGUAAAUAGCAAGUGAUACUCUUGACAAUGCUGAAAGCAAUAAUGUAUGUUCAGAGGCCUAGUUCAUGUUUUGGUUACACUGAUUUUAAGUUGAAUAUAAAGUUUUGUUGUCAUAUGUGUGUUUAUGUUAUAGCAUCUAUGUGUUGAGAAGGUAAAACAUUUUGAAAUUGAAAACAAAAAAUAAAUUACACAAAGCAGCCAUACUUUUAAUGGCAUGUACUGUGGGUUUCACUGUAAAAAAAGUUGGUUUAACUUACAAUGUUACCUGGUUAAUACAACUUAAAAAUAUUAGUUGAUAAUUUUACUUUUUUUGAGUUAACUAAUAUUUUUUAAGUUGAAUUAACUCAAAAUUUUAAGGCAAGCAGGUAACUUGAAAAAAAAAGUUUUUACAGUGAAUGGUUAUUAAGCAGAUAAAUAUUCAGUAAAUGAAUAAUGCAUUUGCAAUAAAUAUAUAUUUGUGCUGGUGUAACAAAAGCUCUUGAAUUUAUUAUGCUUAUAUGUAAUACUUCAUAUUGUUGAUAGAAAACUAUAUAAUGGAUGGCAAUAACAUGGAUUGUGAAAACAAAAUAAACUGUAAGUAAAAAUAUAUAUGUGAUUUAACCUUAUAGAUUACAUAGGCUUGUGCCUCUGUUAGCUAUGAGAAUUAACAUAAUGUGAAACUGUAACUGCAAACCUACUUUGACUUAGACAAUAAUUGUUGUCAUUUUAUGUGCUUAUUUUGGACCAUUUAAUGUGGUGCAUUUGUUGUACAUUGUAUUUAGUCCUCGUUUAACGUGUACUGUAUGUCUUCAUUGUAAAUGGCUGUCUACUGUUUUAAUGUGUUGCUGUAAAUAAAAAAUAACUCAUUU